AUGGCAGACGCAGAGCUCGAAGAGCUGUCUCAGAUCAGAAAAGCCCGUCUGGCCCAGCUCCAGCAGCAGGGUGGUCCCUCCGGCGACGACGACCAGCGAAACAAAGAGACUGAAGCCCGCCAGUCCAUCCUCAGCCAGAUCCUCACCCCCGAAGCCGCAGACAGGCUCGGCCGCAUCAGGCUCGUCAAGGAGUCCCGCGCCACAGACAUAGAGAACAGGCUCAUCAUGCUCGCCAGGUCGGGCCAGCUGCGCCAGAAAGUAACAGAAGACCAGCUCAAGGACCUCCUCAACGCCGUGGCCGAGAACGAAGAGAAGAAGAAGAUAGUCAUCAACCGGCGUGGCGGCUGGGACGACGACGACGACGACCUACUGGACCUAUAA